AUGCUGGAACCGAAAGAUCAUGUUGAACUACGAGAAAUACUAUGUAGAAGACAUCAAGAUCAUUGCUAUUACGUUACCGACGUCAUGUUGCAACAAAAGUAAGGUCUUGUAUAAUUUAUAAAGUUUUAGUCAUUUUUAGUAAAGUACUACGACGACUGCAACAAGAACCUCAACAUCAUACUAUUCUUGGAGCUGGGUAUCUUACUGGUGCGUUUAAAUACAUUAAUUAAGCAUUUUUUAAGUAGAGCCUAGAGUAGGCUUGAGAAGAGGAUAGGGUAGGUCAAGGGUAGAGCAGCAGGAGAGCGUGGAGUAGGGUAGGAUAGGGUAGGGUAGGGUAGGGUAGGGUAGGGUAGGGUAGGGUAGGGUAGGGUAGGGUAGGGUAGGGUAGGGUAGGGUAGGGUAGGGUAGGGUAGGGUAGGGUAGGGUAGGGUAGGGUAGUGUAGGGUAUGGUAGGGUGGGGUGACAUUGAUUGGCCUAAAGAUAAAUUUCAGGCAAAAACACGAUAGAUCCAGAGAAGAUUUGGGCACCUUACAUACGAUUGGCUUUGCAUGCACCAUUUCUGUUCAACCUAACACAAAAGAAUGCUCUACAAAUUGGUUUGGGAGCUGGAAUAUCUGGUGGCUUUUUGGAGACUCUUGAUGUAGGUCUAAAAUUAAAAAAAAAAUUUUUUUUAAAUUAAAAAAAUUUUUUUUUUUAAUUAAAAUAUACUCUUAUUUAAAAAAUAAAUUACAGUAUAGUAUAACCACGGUAGAGUUAGAGCCAAUGGUAAUUCACAUCGCUCAACAAUAUUUUGGCAUACCUAGCAGUAGAAAGCACAAUAUCAUACAUAAAGAUGGAUUUGAGUACAUUGCUACGAGAAGUCUAAGUGGUAAGGUAUUAUAUUAAUAUAUAAAAUCAUUAAGAAAAGUAUUUUAAACGUAUUGUAUCAAAAAAGAAUGACAUAAACACGCUUUGUGUUGUAGGGUUGGGUGGGGUAAGGUAUUGUGGGUAAGGUAGGGUGGGGUUAAGUAUUGCCGAGUACGAUGGGGGGGGGGGGGGGGUAAGGUAAGUUAGGGUAAGGUAUUCUAGGGUACGGUAUUACAGAUCAUAUGGCUAGGGUCAAAAAGUAAAGUCAUGUAUUUCAGAAGAAAAAUUCGACUACGCUUUCAUAGACACAUCGUACAGUGAUGAUCUUCAUCUGUUCAUCUCUCCAGUUGACAGUUUUACCACGCCUGAAUUUGUCAAGAAUCUAAAAAAACAUAUGAACAAAGAAUGUGCUGUGGUGGUGAAUACCUAUUCGCGACAUCACGAACUUGACAAAAUGGUAUUUUUUUAAUAUUAUGUUUACUUAAAUUCGGAAUUACGCUCGUAUUUUACUAAACUAUGUUAUCAAGAGAUGAACCUUAACAGUGGAUUAACUUUAUUAAGCUUAGAAUUAGUAAUUUGCAGCUUAGUAAGCUUAAAUUUAUUAGGUUUAGGCUUAUACAUCCUAAUUUAUUUAAGUAAGUGUUUGAGUCUGAGAUCUGAUGGGCUUAAAUUAAUAUGAACGUUAACAACGUUAAUUAUAAUGUUUUAGCUUGAAGCCGAACGACAUCGACAUGUCAUGUUGGUGCUAUACAAACGCUUUUUUCCAUCUUGCUUCUAUGUUGAAACCCAAGAUAACAGUGUAAGUCAUCAUUCUUAUAGGCUUGUCCUAUCUAAGCUUGUAUUCAAACCUUAAUCAUAGCCUUCCCUACCAAAAUUUUGAAAAAAAGUAUUUUUCAGCUCUUGUUUUGCUCAUGCAAGCCAAUAUCAAAGAUGACACAGGUAAAGUAUGAUUAUUUUUUGUCUCAUCUACCCCCAACACUCUACGCAAAGCUACUUGUAGACGCCAACGUUAGGGAGGAGUGGUAG